UACACUAACCGCCAGUCGUGUUCGAGCUGCUCUGCCAGAACCUCGAUAUACUGUGUGAUACUUUCGCAACUUGUGAAUUUUUGAAUUGCAGAUUUGUGGAUCCUUGAGAAUUGCCACUGACCAGCCGAGUCUAUAUAUUUGAGAUUUAAUUUUGUUGAGAUAACCUAAAAACCUACUGUCAAGAUGCUCGCUAGCCCAGCCAUGGAACUGCAGGUUGAGGAGACCCCUGUGGCCCUGCAGCGGCUCUGGAACUUGACCAGGGCCCGCUUGGCCGGGACCUCUACUGCCUUGGAUGAGGAGCCAGCACUUGUGGAGACUUUACCUUCUGCCCAGGAAUCUGAGACUACAUCAAAGAGUAAACUCCCAAUCCCGACUGAUUAUGAAAGCGAUGGGGAGGAGGCCUUUCCGGAAUUGGAAAUACCCGAGCAACCUGAAAGUUUCCAAAAGGGUUGGACAGAUAGUUAUGCCAAUGAGGUGUUGCUGGAUGCUAGCACCCUCGGGGAUGUGCCGGCCGUGUACCGCGUGCCGCCGCCGGCGCCGCACCAGCUCCCCGUCAUCGGGGUCUACAUCGACCCCCGCGUCAGAACCGGCUUCCGAUACAAAGUUAGACCCAUGCAGGCUCUAGAUGCGGCCCCAUUGUCGGUGAAGCCCAAGUAUUUGUUCGGAGGCAAGGCCCUGACGCUGCAGUCGAUCGGGCGCGGGUUCGCGCGCCGCAUCACAUUUGAGCCACAUGACUCCUCGCUCAAUGACAAUAACAAUUAUUUCUGGACCGACUCUAGACCGGAAGGAUUCUUGUUCGAGCUUGAGGCUGUGUCGAUUGGAGAUAAAUUCACGGUCUAUGACGCGAAUCAUGAACCUCAGGGCAUCCUAGAAGUUGUCCAGCAACAGAAAAAUCAAAUUGAAGUGGACCAACAAAUCUUUGAAGAUGGAUCAAUCGUUAAGAAAGUGAAGAUCAGUACGCUUUGUAAAGUAGAAUGGUAUGAAAAUGACGGAGCUACUAAAUUGGUACCAGUAUCCGGAUUAGCCAUCUUGAAGAAAGGUCGCGGAAACGCGGCAGUGACUAGAGUAGUCAACGUUGCGAUUGGCAUCAAGCAGCUCCGAAAGGGCUACGAACUCAAGCCUGGUAUCGAAUCAUCGUCCAGGAGGGUCACCGUCAACGGUGGCGAUAUCAAUGACAUUCCUUGCCAGUAUUGCGUAGUUGGACUCGAGAAGUACGAGUUGCCUGUUAUUGGAACAUACGUAGAUCCCCGCAUCGUGCCUGGAUUCCACUACAGAGUGCGCCCCGCCGGCUGCCGCCGCCACCUGUUCGAGGGCCGAAGCCUCCUGCUGCAGUCUGUCGGCAUGGGUUACGGAAAGCGCAUAACGUUCAAGCCAGACACGCUGAAUGCCCCAGAAAACUACUUCUGGUCCGACUCCCACCCCGAGGGUAUUGGCAUGGAACCGCGCGCCAUCCAGCCUGGCAUGAAAUUCACUAUUACAGGAAACGGGGGUCUUUUGGGAGAGGCGAGCGUGUUCCGCGCCGACUUGCCCCAGGUGGAAGAGAAGACUGAAUACGUGGACGUCCCAGGAAAGCGAGGAAAAGCCGUGGAGAAGUACAUCCACGUCGACGUUACCUGCCACGUGAAGCUGGCCACGACCGGCGGCGGCUCCGUUGACUCUGAAGUUCACCUGAUGAAGGUGUCUGGCGUCGCCCUGGUCCGCAAGGAGCCGGGCCAGGCUGUCGCCAACCUCGUCAAGGUCUACAACGUCGGCCUUGACUCGCAGCUGAACCUCCUGUUCGCGCACUCCCAGACCGAGCUCACCUUCCACCCCAUGCCCUAAAUCACCCUCGGGAAACGAAUGGUAUUACAAUGCUUGUGACAGACUUGUCCAACAUUGUGAUACUAUAAAACUUACCGGGCGCGACUAAGGCUCCGUCUAACGUCAACCGAUUGGUCACGAUUUGCAACCGAGAGCGUGUAAAGCUCGCUAUAUCUUAACGGAUUGUAUCUCGGCUGCAAACAACACGGUGAGGAUUGUGUGCAUCGGAAUCGACAACAUUAAGGCACCACACGGAUAGAACACCGCAACGCAGCAAGUUUUAUGGUGCUAGUAUCACCAUGAUUAAACAAUGUAGCGCUGCGGCUAGCCCGCAGAUCAGUUAAACGUCUUGAAGUUUACGCAGUUUGAAAAUUGUUAAAUCCUUUGUUGAAAUAACAAAUAUAAUUGUCGUUUCUUUUAUUUUAAAAGUACCACAUUUUUGGUAAGAUUCCGUACUGACAGAUUGAGUAGCUAUAGUAUUAUACAACCCUCGAAUAACGUAAUCUUAUUAUUUAUUUAAAUGUUAAUCUCUAGACCAGUAUCCUUUGUUAUCAAUUGAUGUAUGUGUGAUUGUUUGUAUGUGGUACUUCGUUGGACCAAAUAAUACCAUUACCUAUCCUAUAUUGGAGAGAGUAGAUAAAAAGACAGAUAAUGAAGAGAUAAUGGUAAUUAUUUUUCUUUAUUACAAAACCAAUAAAAUGUUUAAUGUAAAUUUAUGCAGCGACAAUGUUUAGGUUUCAUGAAGCCUGUAUUUUGAAAUUAUUUCUAAUAAUGUAUUUUUUUUUAAUUGAAAUGCCUCUAAUGAGUUUAAUUCUAUUUGUUUUCACAAUUUGAUGCAAUGUGGUUUUUACCUGGAAUAUGUAUUAUUAUUUCUUUAUUUUUUGAUGAAUAAAAGUUUUAUUUAUA